UGGUGGCUCAUUACAUUAUCUGGCAACCGGAGUGGCAGCGGACAGAAGAGAGGGGAUCCCCGGGAUUUUUUUACGCCAAAAGCCAGCUAAAUACUGACGCCAAACAAGUGAAAACCGCGGGGGAACUCGACCCGGCUCCUCCUAUAUACUCCGGUGAGAGCAGCCAUGUCAGAAGAGGUGGUGCGUCAAACGCGCAGUCAGAAGCGGGCUCUGGAGAGGGACCAUGCAGCUCUUGGUGGUUCCCCGGGGGACAUGGACGGCAAGCGGGUAAAGCUGGAGAGAGGUGAUGCAGCUGGGGCCCCGCUGGCCCUGGUGGGACCUGGAGCUGAGGGAAUGAAGCUGAAGAGUGAGCAGGCUGCUAAGGUAGCAGCCAGCAUCCUUAAGGCUGGGGAGGUGAAGGCUACAAUCAAGUUGGAGGUGCAGACUGGAGAUGAACCUGUGGACAUGAGCACAUCCAAAAGUGACAUUAAGAAAGAACGGCAGCCAGCGUCGCCAGAUGAUGUGAUUGUGCUAUCAGACAAUGAGCCAUCCAGUCCCGUCAUGAAUGGCCACUGCUUCACCAAGACAGACACCGAUAAACUCAUGAAGAGCUCACCUGAAGAAAGGGAGCGCAUUAUAAAACAGCUGAAGGAGGAACUGAGGCUCCAGGAAGCCAAACUGGUCCUGCUCAAGAAAUUACGACAAAGCCAGAUCCAGAAGGAAAGCACUGUACAGAAGGUGAGUGGCUCAGUGGCCACUCCUCCUCCUCUUGUGAGAGGCAGCAUAACAUCGAGUAAAGGACCCCUUCAGGUGACGGGUCGUAGCUCAGGCACAGUGAUCCCCCCACCUUUAGUGCGGGGUGGACAGCACGUCCCCUCCAAACACAACUCUCAGAUCGUCAUGCCACCCCUGGUCAGAGGAGCCCAGCCUAUUGCAGUGACCCCCCAGCAGAUAGCUAGCCUGCGGCAGCAUCAGCAACACAGCGGUUCUGGCCCUCCACCUCUGUUACUGGCCCCCAGGGCUUCUGUGCCCAACGUCCAGAUCCAGGGCCAGAGGAUCAUUCAGCAGGGACUAAUUCGAGUGGCUAAUGUGGCCAACAAUGUUAUGGUCAGCAUCCCUCAGGCUUCUCCUACCGGCCUUAAAGGCUCAUCAGUGUCACCCAGUUCCAGUGUCAAUGAUUCCCCAGCUAGCAGACAGGCGGCUGCUAAACUAGCACUGAGGAAGCAGUUAGAGAAGACACUGCUAGAGAUUCCUCCACCCAAACCUCCUGCUCCUGAGUUCAACUUCCUGCCAUCUGCAGCUAAUAAUGAGUUCAUCUACUUGUUGGGGUUAGAGGAGGUGGUUCAAAAGUUGCUUGAGAUGCAUGGCCGGGGUAAUCUGGGUCCUGCUGCUGCCAUGGGCAGCUCCAAUCCCAAAGACCCGUACACCUGUGCCCAGUGCAAGACAGAUUUCACCUCCCGCUGGAGGAAGGAGAAGGUUGGCACCAUCCUCUGUGACCAGUGCAUGUCGUCCAAUCAGAAGAAGGCCCUAAAGGCUGAGCACACAAACCGUCUGAAGGCAGCCUUUGUGAAGGCACUCCAACAAGAGCAGGAGAUUGAACAGCGUAUCCUCCAGCAGGCAGCCUCCUCAUCUUCCUCUGGCUCCAAAACCACAUCAUCCUCCUCUCCCUCGCUGUCUAAGAGUGAGGUGCUGGUAUCCCCGCAGUACAAGCAGAUCAGGUCUGACUUGCAGCACAGAUCAGUGUCUGCACACCACUCCCUGAAGCAGAGUCAUUUGGCACACAGCAUCCAGUCUGCAGUGAGCUCCCGUGGUGUGGCCCACUCCUUUACCUCCUCCCAGCUGCAGAACGCAGUGACGGCAGCCGCACUGGGCAGCAGAGCAGGGAAACAUGCCGCAGCUCUCUCCCUGCAGCAGGGAGCAAAGGUCAGCGCCAGCAGCAGUGGUAACCAGGGAAACAUGGGAGCCUGGAGGAAGCAGAGCAGUGGGAACACAGGUGUGACAAUGGCCUAUGUCAAUCCCAACUUGUCUGCUCAUAAGACCUCCUCUGCAGUGGAACGUCAGCGGGAAUAUCUGCUGGACAUGAUUCCUUCCCGUUCUAUCUCCCAGGCAGCAAACACAUGGAAAUAAUGCAAUCUUUCCCCUCCUACUGAUGCCACAGCUUUUAGCCCUCCUAAUAUCAAUAACAGCCAUGCUCAUUAUCAUUCUUUUAUUUUCUAUAGACUCUGGCUCUGACGGCCAGGAUAAGAACUCUUUUCUUGUUGGUUAGAGGUGUAUUUAAACCUUUAUCCACACCUUCUUAUGCUACCUUGUUCCUUUCCCAAAUCAUUUCCUUAAUGGGGUUGUGCUGCAACAGCUUCAGGGAUGCAAGGAACAUGUCACAAACAUUUUGUGUACCUUUUGCAAGACUUGGGGCUGAGUUUUGUCACACUUCGCCUCUUCCAUCUGUGUAUUGCUCGAAGCAGGAGGAAGGUGGCACAAAAAUCGCUGAGCGUUCCUGCUUAUGGACCAUGCAGGGAUUAGCAACGAUCACCAUUAUACAGAAGAAGAUUCGCCCCGCAUCCCUCUCCAGGGAUGAGACUCAGGCCCGCGCGCCGGCCUAAACGAACUCUCCUGCGGACCUCAUCACAGGGAUCGUUAAGCUUCGAGGACCAUCCGUAAAAUAUUAACUGCUUUAGCUUUGCAACAAUGAAUAAGAAAAACAAAAUAAAAAGACUGUGAAAAGAAAAAAAGAUCUAUCCACACACAGACUGCCUCUUCUCACCAACCUUCAGCGUGUAUAUUAGAGAAGUUGACGUUUCUGUUGGGACUAUUUUGUAUGCCUGAAUGUUAGGAUUUUGUCUUUUCUUCUGUAAGUCCUAUGCUGUGUUUGGAAUAUUGUGCUCCCUGACACUUUGGAAGUGGCCUCUUGUUGAGGUCUGAAUAUAAAAAGGCUAAUGUUACUGUUGAGGUGGUUUUACAUCUGCUGGUUUCCAUUGUUGUGGCCUCGUUUUAAAUACUUUCUUUUUGCCAAGAUGAUGAAGAGGAAAAAAGAUUAAUGGUUUCACAGACUCACGUAAGAAAAAAAGCUGACGAGAAGAAAAACACGGAGGACUAUUCUUAUUGAAUAUUGUAAAAUAAACCUUCCAAAGAACUAGUGGAGCCCAAAUGGAAUCCCUUCUGCUAGAAGGUUUUUAGUUUAUUUGAGCCCUCUCUGGAUAUAAACAUGAAUUCAUGCUAAACUGAGUGGGUGUAAGAAAUGUCAACUUUCUGACAUUUAAAUUUUUAUUUUUAUUUUUGCUUUUUAGUCAUAGGUUGUGGUGCAUUAUUUUAUUUUAUUUUUUCUUCUAUAGACAAACUGUCUGAAUUUAUUUAUAGGGUUAGUUAAGACGUAUCCCCUACUCUAGAAUGGAUAUUGGUUUAAAAUUUGUUUUCUCUUUUGUGUCAAGCGGCUGCUACACAACCUUUAAUUGGUUUGAGCGGAACUGGACAGCGUUCAGAAUGUAGUUCUGCAAAAACAAAAAACAAGCCCUUCUGCAACAAAUGACAAACUUCUUAGUCUUUAAGGUGUGUAUGAUUUCUGUAAAGUCAUUUCUGCCUUACACAGGAGCUAUAGUGUGUUUUAAUCAGAUUGCAGCAGCACAGGCAGAACUACAGAAGAAAAAUUUCAUGAUUUUGCUAUGGUCAUGGACAAAACUGGCUCUUUUUCUUUUACCAGCCACUAGGGUGGUCCUGUUUACUCAUGUACCACUCAUCAGAAGGUGUUCCCUUUUGUGUCUUAUUGGAAAAUUAUAUUAAGUAAGCAGCGAUGCACGGAUCCAGCUGUUCCUGGCCGGCACACAUUUCCUAGGCUCACCUACUGACUGAUUUUAUUUAGAUGAAUUUUUUUUUUUUUCUGUAACAAUAACACGAGAGAAAUAUGUGUUACGGGUUCUUUAAUAAAGGCAGUACUCUGAAUCUAUCGGAGUCUUAAGAUAUUCCAAGGGUAUCCCCAUUUAUGCAUCGAAGCAUAUGUCCCUAACCUUUAUCUGAUUAAUAGAAAACCCCAAAAACAAAGUGCAUUGGGAUGCAUGCUGUUGAUUGAGUUGAUAGAAUAAAAAUGGUGGGCGAUCCUAGUUUUGAUGCAUUUAAUGAAUGGGGAAAUAAAAUAAGAUUUUUUAGUGAUUUACUACAAAUUGGUCAGUUCUGAUCUCUGGUCAGUUGAUUGCUGCAUCAAUGUUCAGACAAUUGGGUUAAAUAUAGUUGGUAAAAAAAAAAAGAAAAACUAAACUUGAGUGACUUCCUGGCCCAGUUUUUUUUAAUUCAGUUUCACAUUUCCUAAUUCCUUCUUGCAUUCAAGGACCAUGUCCUAUAAACUCCACGUCUUGCAGCCUGUCCUCACAUCAGAUAUCCUUUUUCUAUUUUGUGAUCUAACGGUUGCAGUGCUUUAUAUGACAAGGCAUCGGUUGAAAUUAAAACAAUGCGUCAGUUGCCAUAUGCGAAUGCCUGGUGGUAAUGCAAACAUACAAAAAUUCAAGUAGUUGCUUGUGAAGUUCAUGUUUUCUUUAUUGGAGUAGCAGUGGAAAUAUUCCAGGCUGUGUGUACAUUCCUGACAAGCAAAAAAAAAAAAGUAGCAUCCCACAUCUUGUGGGAGGAACAAUGAGCAACCUGGAAUGAGCCCAUGCCUCUUCCAUUGCCUACUUUGAGCAACCCUGUGCUGUCCUGACUAGUGCCUGCUGCUGCUGCUGCUGUUUGGCAACAUUAUCACCAUUCCGCUGUGUUUGUUUGUUGGGGUCAGAAAACUGACUGCAGUGAAGCGCAAAUGGACAACAAUGUAUAAGAAUUCUUUUUUUGUUUUGGAUUUUUUUUUUUUUUUCCUGCUCUGUCAAAUAAAACUAAUUUUAACCCCUG